CUGAACUGUAACACAUUUAUAACAUGAUUCAAAAACAUUUUCAGUGAAAUAUUUAAGUACGAUAUUUCAGAAACUUGUGUUUAAAAUUCCAGUCUAACACCAGGACCACCUAGAACUUUAGAGACGUUGUUACCGAACUUCGAUUUUAAUUCAAGGACGAUGACUUACCCAAGUCCGAUUCAGUAAUUGAAUUCUAGCUAGAUGAAGAAGAAGAGUGUUUACUGUCAACCUGUGCUGUCAACGCUGUUUACAUUUAUCAUGAUUUGAAAAUUUUUUUAGUUUUUAAUUAUUUUUGAAGCAAGGUCAUAGAUAAUGCAUGAGCAGCACGAGUAAGAUACAUUGAUUAAUAUCAAUGGUAACAUAUUAAUAGUGCUUGUCAUCAAGAUGGCAUCAACAACUAUAGAAUUUGCAGUUCAAAUGACCUGCAAUUCAUGUGUAGAUUCGGUAAAAAAAUGCAUAACCAAUGUAGAAGGAAUUGAAGACGUUCAAAUUAGUUUAGACGAACAACGUGUGGUAAUUAAAAGCAAUUUACCUACCUUAAAACUUCUGAAGAUUUUGGAAAGUACCGGCAAAAGGGUUGCUGUUAAAGGUUAUGCUGGAGGUCAGGCUGCCGUUUCUAUUUUGCAAGCUGGUAACCCCAAUGUUAAAGGAGUUGUUCGUUUUAUACAGCCAACUACAGGCGUUUGUAUUGUUGAUGGUACUGUUGAUGGACUUAAUACAGGACACUAUCAUGCUUAUAUUUAUGAAUGUGGAGAUUUAUCAAAUGGAUGUGAAAAUAUUGGCCAAGUUUUUAAUCCUACAAAAACCACAGAUGGGAAAAUUUAUGGAGACAUUGGUACAAUAGAUAGCAAAGAAAAUAACAGAUCACAAUUUCGCUUCGAAAAUAAUCAGAUCAGUGUAACAGAUUUAAUUGGUAGAGCAUUUGUAGUUACUGAAGAAUCUGCUUCUUUGGAGAAAACUAAAAAAAUUGCUUGUGGUAUUAUUGCUAGAUCAGCGGGACUUUUCCAAAAUCCAAAAUCAAUUUGUGCUUGUGAUGGAACCACUAUUUGGGAUGAAGCUGGGAAAAAAUCAGCUCUAUGAAAUGAAGCAUUUAUAUGGAUUUCAAAAAUAUUGUGAUAACAUUUGUAUUUCUAGAUAUCGACUAAAACCUAACGUCAUUGACUGUUAGAGGGGUUAAGUUUUAAUUUCAAUGAUAGUUGUGUACUAGUGAUACCUAAUAUAAGUAUUUAUUUUAAUUUCUUUUUAUUUACUAGUAUUGAAUAUUUUGUUAAAUAAG